AUGAUUGACAUCGCCAUGUUGGACCUCGGAGUGUUCUGCGAUCCCAACGAAGUUGCUGGAACAUUCGGCAGAGUUUACCUUUACAAGAUGUUGGGCUUCUUUAGCCUUGUUGGCCUUUGUCGCGUCCACUGUCUUCUUGGGGACUACUAUACUGCCCUGAAGAUGUUGGAAAACGUCAUCUUUAGUCAUCAAGAAAUGUAUCACGAGGUACCUACAUGUCACAUCACCACCGGUUACUAUGUUGGUUUUGCCUACAUGAUGAUGCGUCGCUUCCAGGAUGCCAUUCGUACCUUCUCCAGCACUCUAACUUAUAUAUCCCGUGCAAGCGGCUUUGUCUCACAGCGUCAGGAUCUGCGUGACUACGUUGUAAAGCAGUCGGAUCAAAUGACCAGUCUCCUUGCUAUUUGCUUUACCCUCAAUCCAAUGCCCAUUGACCAGUCGGUGGAGCAGCAACUCCGUGAGAAGUACGCUGAGAGCCUGAAUCGCCUUCAACAAACAAACAAGGACGAAUUUACCAUGUGCUUCGACAUGGGCUGUCCUCGAUUUGUGAACCCAGACACCGUCACUGACCGCGGCGACUACGCACUGGAUGCCCAACGUCAUCAGGGCUAUGUAUUUCGCGAGGAAUUAGAAAACCUGCUAGACCUACCGCGUCUUCGGUCUUACCUGAAACUCUAUACGACCCUGCCGGUUUCUAAACUUUCUAUGUUUCUUCGUGAAAAGGACGAAAAUGUUGUGCACUCCCAGCUGAUGCGAUUCAAACACCUGCUCAAGAACGUCACCACCACCAGGGAGACCUGUGGUAGCCUGUAUGGGAAACGGCAACUCCUCUGUGACACAGACUUCUAUGUCGAUGGCGAGAUGAUUCACAUUGCGGACAUGAAGGUUGAUCGUCGUUUCUCCGAUUUCUUCAUGCUCCAAUUGGAGAAACUGCACGAGGCAAGUCAUUUCACUGGCAUUAUUGUGAUGUGA